AUGGAAGUCGAUUCUGGACCUCAGUCCAGCCGCAGCUCGCUGCUGUCUACCGAUUUUUCAGGUGAGCCACCUAUUCGGGCUCAGCUGUUUGAUGUUCGCGGCGCUAAAGUUGCCGGAUUUGUUGUAAACGACCGGCCAAUGGUCUGUUUGCCGCAGGUAAGGUGAUGAUGUUGUGUUUUGUAAAGUUUUAUUUUGUCAUUGUAAUCUGAUUGAAAGGUAUACAUAGUUAUUUACGGUAGUUUUUAUUACUGUCGCACUAUAGUGGGUUGUUUAAUUACCGUAAUCUUUAGAUAUACGAGAUAUUUUUGAAAGAACUAGUUGGUGGACUUCACACAAUCUACACCAAACUCAAGAGACUCAACAUCCAUCCUAUGGUAUGUAACGUAGAACAAGUCCGAGCGUUGAGGAUGGCUGGAGCGAUUCAAUGUGGAGUCAAUCGAUGCAAGCUGAUUAAUCUGCUGGACUUAAAUUCGCUGCUGAUGGACUGUGAAGAUGCAAGGUAAUUUCAAUAAUGUUUGGUUUCUAACUACCAUUGUCAGUAUUUCAUAUAACAUUGUCUUAAAAGUUAAUUUUAGUACACGACCAGGCAGACCCCCAAAGAAGGUAUCUUCAAUUCCUGAGCUUCAGUCAGUCGGUCGUCAACUUGGCUCUUCUGGGUCUUCUAUGACAUCGUUCUCCAACAAUAUGGGUAGUAUGUCAUCGAACUUAUCGUCUGCUAUGGGUUCUAGCUUACAAGCUAACCUGUCUUCCAACGUGUCAUCCAAUAUGGGUUCUAAUAUGUCAUCAAACAUGGCUUCAAACCACUCUUGUUCUCUACAGAUACUAAACGAUCUUCUACCCUUCAAUCAGCCCACCUUUGUUGUACAACAGAUGGUAGCUGCAGCAGUAGCACAACAACUGAAUCAGCAGCAGAUGAAUGUCCUUGGCUCUACUAGUGCUCCAGGGACAUCUUUCAAUUUACAAAAUUUGAACUUUGCGCCAUCUUUCGACGAAACUCAAAGCGGUCAGAAGAAGAGUGAAGAAUGGCUGAAGGCAGGGAAAGAUGACAACAAGAUGAUGACAGAACCUAUGGAGAGCAGUGAUUACAAGCAAGAAGAGCCUUCUAGUCACGGAAGCUCUGAGGAGAAGGCUUUGGACAGUAGCGAUUCGUCGUUGAAGCCUUCUGGGAGCAACUCAGAGACAGACACCAGCUUCUACAGAGAAAAGUCAAGCUCCACCAACGAUCAGGACAGUGGGUCAGGAGCUCAGAGCACUUCUCCGCCAAACGGCCGAGGACAAACCAACUGUGUCAUGUCUCGUGUGGUAUCACUGAUUGAUACAGCGGAAACCUCACUUAAGAAGCAAGGGGAACGUCUAGCAGGUACAAUAUUUUGUUAGUACUUAGUAUUUAUAUAAUUUUAUUUUCUACAAGGUAAUUUAGGUUUGUUGACUUGUAUCAAUCAUGCUAAUGGAUUUGUAAUAGAAUACAACUUUUCAGAACUAGUAUCGUCGAUUCACGAAGAGCUACGAGAACUGAGCAGACGAGAUCGGGUAUCCAGGAUGGAGCUGUACGCAGAACGUCAAAAAGCCGGUGAGGCUUUACAACUUUGUACUAUACAAUUUUUUGUUUUAACAGUUUGAGUAUACUGUAGCUAGGUUUCAUUCUCCAGUUCGGUCUAAAUUUAGAUUUUGAACAUUAGUUCGAAAUGGCAUUCCACGAGAAUUUGUCAUAAUAUUAUUGUACGUAAUCUUUACCUCCGUAAAGAGCAUUUGCAAUACCAGAAGGAUCUAAUGAGUUUAUAAACCGUUUCACAAUAGUAAUAUCAAUGUCAUUUCGUUUGUUUAUGACAAUUAUGAAAGACACGCCAUUGGGAAACUGUUUUGUCAUCAAACUUAUUACUCUUUCAACUUUGGAUACCUAUUUCAAAAAGGCUGUAAAGAGUUUACAACUUGAUCUUUUUGUUUUUACCACAACUAUUUCAGCACAUUACAUGCGUCGUUACACUGCAUUGAAAUAUGUCCAUCACUACCGUUGUCAUCACCACAAGAAACGCCAUAAGGAAGAGGAAGAACCCAUCAACGCCGAGUCAUAG